AUGCGUUCCUUCACUCUUGUAUUUGCUACGCUCGCGGCGUUUGCCGCCACCGGCGUGUCCGCCCACGGUUUUAUGUCGAAGCCAUUCUGCCGCGGCUGCGAGAAAGCAAACAUUAAAGUAGACGAUCUCAAGAACCCUAACGUCGGAGACCAGAUCUGCCGCGGCGAACCGGCCGGCAAAGUGACCGACGUCGGCCGUCAACUCACGCUUGGCCUCACCAUCACUGCGCCGCAUGUAGGCCCGUGUGAGGUGUACAUCCUCAAACCGGACCUCAGCAACGCAAACAUAGCCAAGCCUGUCGCUUCGAAACAGGACUGCGCUGCACCAGGCAAGGUGGGCCCGAUGACGGUCAACAUCCCGGGCAAGAUCUCUGGCCGCAGGGUCCUCCGCUGGAAGUGGCAGGCCUGCCACGUCACGCCGUGCGAGCAGUACGAGAACUGUGCCGACAUCAACGUCGGCGGUUAG